CUUACAAUAUAUAAUACUAAGUUAGAUGCAUGGUUUAACAUUACAACAAGUGGAUUUGUUCCAGAAGGUCGAAAUUUGACAAAUUAUGGAGCAACAGAUGAGUUACUUAUAUUAGAUAUUGCAAAUGAAGCAGAAUAUAAAUGGGUAACCACGAUGGAUAAACCUGUACCUAUAUCUAUUUCACCUUCAAAUAAUUCGACCCCAAAUCCCAAGCCAGGCGGUGUUAAUGUUGGUCUUUUAAUUGGUAUUGGUUUGGUUAGUCUCGGAUUAAUUUCUGGUGGUAUAUUCUACUUUUGGUAUAGAAAUAAACAACAUCACAUCAAUGACCAAAUACAAGAAUAUCAUUUAACAAUUUAUAAUAAUUACCAAACACCCGCUUUGACGAUUUCUUCACAAGAAUAUAAAACUGCUACCGGGCCGGCUAAUUGGCUAUAG